CACAUCAUUCCAAACACGGUGUUAAAUCGGGAUACUAAACCAAUGGAAACAUGGACAUUCCGCGUUUUCCCUCUUUCCUUUGUCUUCGUUUCUCAGCCACCACGCACCCACAGCAAAGGGAGAUGAUGAAUAGACUUACAGACGACCUCGUGACCGACAUUCUCUCGAGGCUGCCCAUCAAAACCCUCACGCGAUGCAGGUGCGUAUGCAAACUCUGGCGCAAUAUAGCACGCGACCCUCGAUUCAUUCACUCCCACCUCAACAAUCGAUCCUCCCAGCAAAACCCUAGUUUCAUUCUCAGCUCUACCCUCUGGUUCAAUUCCGCCUUCCGCAGCCAAAUCUACUUUCUAGAACACAACGAAACUUUGGGUUCCACUUGUGAAAAGGUCAGUUUUUCAAUACCCGAUCUCAAAGAGUUUCGAUUGAUCAGUUCUUGUAAUGGUCUCCUCUGCUUGGUUGAUUGCAUGAACAGAGACACAAUUUAUAUAUGCAAUCCUUUCACUAGAUGUUGCACUAAACUUCCCAAUCGGAUUGACCCAUCACAGAAAAUUAGUGGAUUGGUGAUGGGUUUUGGAUUUAACCCAACAAGAAACGAAUAUAAGUUAGUAGAGAUUAUUAAUUCCUCUGGACCUCUCAUGGUAUCUAGGGUUUUUGUGUACACUUUAGGUGAUGGGCUUUGGAGAGAUAAAGGUAAGGUUCCUUAUGUAAUCCCUUCGCAGCAAUCGGCUUUGGCUUCUUCUGAAGCAUUUGUGUGUGGAGCUCUACACUGACUCAGUUUAUUUCCCGCCAAGCACAUUGCUUCUUUUGAUAUUGCAAAUGAACUAUUUGGAGUCAUACCGUAUCCUGAAAUGGUUGUAGAUGGUGGACGUGGUUUGUCAUUGGUAGUGUUGGGUGGGUGUCUUUCAAUCACGGCCCCUUCAUUUCAUGAACAUAUUGAUUUGUGGAUUAUGAAGGAUUAUGGUGUUAAGGAGUCUUGGGUUAAAUCUUUCUCCAUAAGUUUUCAUCUGGGGUGGGACAUCAUCAAAUAUCUUCAAACUCAAUGCUUUCAGGGAAAUGGAGAACUUUUGAUGCAUAAUUAUCAAGCUUUGCUUUCUUAUAGUCCCAGGACCAUGACAUUGAGGAAGCUUAGAAUUGCAGGGCUUCCAUCUUGGUUCGAAAUGGUUAACCAUGUAGGGAGCCUUGUUUCAUUCAAGACUGUUAAAGAUACAAAAGAGAAUAUUGAAAGGUCGAAUUGAAUGAGCUGGAAUGUUGAAAGAAGACGUAAGGAAGUUGACAUAAAAAAAUAGUUCGAUUUAGAAAGGAAAUCGAGGCCAAUCACAAGAAUUAUUCUUGUCUUCUCCGUGAAGAAGACUUGUGGUUGGAGUGUCGCAUAGUUUAUGAUCUUUUGAGCUAGGGGCACAGCAGCCAAGGGUUAUGGGGGUGCUUCGGGUUCAUUUCCCAUCAACUGCUGCACGCCAUCAGCAACCUGAGUUUGUAAACCUUUCUUUCAACUUAUUCGUGCUUUUGUUUUCUAAUCUUACUGAAAGUAGAAAAUUUGGUUUUUCUAUUUGAUAUA